CAUUUAUUUACCUGUAACCAUAGCAACCCCCUUACACAACAAAGAAAAACUAGUCUAAACCAAACCCCCACUACGUACAUACGUCCACAUGUAGCAAACAACGCUAUAUUCCCUUUCAAUUCUCAAGGUGACUUUUUUACAAUAACAUACGAAACGCUAUUAUCAGUCAGUCAGCCAGUCACUCAGUCAGUGGGACAUGUGUGCAGAAAAUUCGCGAAUCUAACAAAAUUCGCCAAAAUUUUGCAAAUUUUUUCGCUCAACAUGCCGAAACCAUCGCGAAAAUAUGAUCAUCCGCAAGAAUACCAUCGCCACGAGGGGGGCGAUUCUGGGAAAUUGUUCCAUUCUACGGGAAAAUGGGGUGUGAUUUUAAUCCUGUUCUCCGCCGUGGCCACUUCGAUCGCAAUUUUUACGCCGUACUGGUUGCAGAACGAUUACGAGCCGACCUUUUCGAAAAUGGGGUUGUGGAUUAGAUGCGCCGGAGCGGAGGAUUAUUACAGAACGAAUUUUUACAAGUUUGAUCUCACCGGAGAGUGCAGGUGGAUCUUGGUGCCGAAAGAGUAUCCAUUGAUAUUCCUCGGGAUUCAAAUUUUCUACUCUAUCUGUUGGAUCCUCCUCAUGUUGACCACGGUUCGAAUGAUGUCGCCAAUUUUCAAGGCGAAAUGCUGUCCUGGACAAAAUGGAAGUGGACUAAUUCCACUUAAAACGAUUGGAAUCAUGCUGCUUGUUUCGGCCGCCCUCGGCGCCCUGACGCUGCUUCUGUUCGCCGUAUUUGUCGAGAACUGGCGAGGACGCGACAAUUAUCUCUCGUGGUCAUUCGGAGUCGCAAUUAUGGGCGUUUUGAGUGGAAUUCCUGGCGCGAUCUUGCUCCUGAUUGAAUCUCGGAAACAAAUCGUGCCACACCCACAAGAUAGGGCCGAGUCAUACAUUUAUUAAAUGGGCGUGAUUAGUUACCAAAUUUAUUGAUAUAUAUCAGAUCAGUAUAACGAUGAGAAGUAGAAAUUAUGCAAUACACAUGUAACACGAUACAAAAAAAUAUCCAAAUCUGUACCUAAAAUUCAAAUCGACAAAGUUCAAAUGUAUGUAAUGACAUUGCUCUACUAAAUAUUUACCUACAAAUAUUUUGAUUAGUUUGGGAAUUUAAGAACUUACAGAGCACAUGACGAAAUUAAUUUAAUUAUUGUUUUAAGUAGUGUCUCCUUAAUUAUAUACAUAAUAGUUUGAUGCGAUGUGUUUUAACGCUGGUUAUUUAUUGCGUAAAAUGUAACUAAACUUAUGUAUGUAUUUGCAUACAUAUAUCUAUUGUAAAGUCAAUGAUCUUCAUCUACCAGGGUUCACACUACUGCGUGUCAAACUUAUUUGUCAAAUGAUGUAGCUGUUAUAUAGAGGGCAAACUUAUGAACAAAACUAAUUGUGUCACAAAAUAUUUUAAAAAUCAAAAUGUCCAGUCACAUCGACAAUAUAUGUAAAUAUGUAGAUACCUAUAUACAUAUAUGUACAUAUGUGCAUGUAUACAAUAAUAUUUAAGAAUUGCACAAUUCAAGUGAUGGAUACAAUUAGUUUAAAAAAAAUAAACAUAUAUUUUAAAUAGAUAUGAAUUAUAGAG